CCUGGGCAGUUGAGAAGGAAGUACAGUUCCUGCUCCACUAUUUUCCUGGAUGACAGCACAGUCAGUCAACCAAACCUCAAGUAUACCAUCAAAUGUGUAGCUCUUGCAAUAUAUUACCACAUCAAAAACAGGGACACAGAUGGAAGAAUGCUCUUAGAUAUUUUUGAUGAAAACCUUCAUCCCCUUUCGAAAUCCGAAGUGCCGCCAGAUUAUGACAAACAUGACCCAGAGCAGAAACAGAUUUACCGCUUUGUUCGGACGUUGUUCAGUGCUGCUCAACUGACUGCUGAAUGUGCCAUUGUCACGCUGGUGUAUCUUGAAAGACUUCUAACUUAUGCAGAGAUAGAUAUUUGUCCGGCAAACUGGAAGCGAAUUGUACUGGGUGCAAUUCUACUGGCAUCCAAAGUUUGGGACGACCAGGCAGUGUGGAACGUGGAUUACUGCCAGAUUCUGAAAGAUAUCACGGUCGAAGACAUGAAUGAACUGGAACGCCAGUUUCUUGAGCUGUUGCAGUUCAAUAUUAAUGUUCCCUCCAGUGUUUAUGCCAAGUAUUAUUUUGAUUUGCGUUCCCUGGCAGAAGCAAAUAACCUGAGUUUUCCUUUGGAGCCCCUCAGCAGGGACAGGGCGUAUAAACUUGAGGCCAUUUCCCGCUUGUGUGAAGAUAAAUAUAAGGACUUCAGGAAAGCUGCAAAGAAACGGUCAGUCAGUGCUGACAAUCUGACUGUGGUUAGAUGGUCCCCUGCUAUUAUCUCCUAACAGAGGAGACUGGAAUAUUCCUACGGACGUACUGUUUCAUCCAUCCAUUUUUUUGGGGGUGGGCUGGAGG